AUGGACGUCCAACAAUGCACAACAAUUCACAACCUCCCAUUCGAACUCAUCAGCAGCAUCGCCAACCAUCUCGACCUCCAAGACUUUAAAGCCUUCCGCCUCACAAGCCGUCUCAUAGCCCAAUCUACACGGAGCCUCCUUGCCAGCGAACACUUCAACGGACUGCUCUGGCGACCAGACGCCGCUCGUCUGUACGAGUUGUCACGGAUACCAGAAUGCGCAAGGAGAAUACGCUCCGUCACAUUCAACUUCGCCCGUUUGAACGAGUACAAGGCCCUCCAUGAGUCAUUCAGCCACCUCUCCCUCGCGGAGCCGGGCUUGACUUCCGAAAUGCUCCAUGGCAAGUGGGAGCAGUAUUUCGAGACGCAGCGACAGAUGAAGGCACUGGGUGGGUUUCGGCUAGAUUUGGUGAAGAAGGCGUUGGGAGGGCUGCCGUCUUUGAAGGAGCUGACGUUGACGUGGACGCGGUGUCCGUGGAGAAGGGACACUGAGCCGUGGAGGCUGUUUAGUGCGGAUGUGUCUAUUCGGAUGGCUAAGCGGGAGGUGUUUGAUGUGCAGGACGCGGUUUUGCGAGAGCUACGGAACGCGUGGGUAAGGUUGGAUACGUUGAAUUUGGAGCCGAUUCCGCUGAAGGGUCCGGCGGGCGAGUUGUAUCCUGGUGGUGAGGCGGGAUUUUCCAGUGUGGACGAUGGGAGAACGGAUAUUUUGCAGGUGUCUGGCUUUGAUUUCUUCAGGGGACUACGACGGCUGAAUCUUGUGUUGCAUAGAAAGUCGGAGGAUGUGUUGGAGGAGGGCUUGCAGGCGGUGCUUCGGCAAACGGCCUUGAGGGAACUGCGGUUGGAGUAUCUUCCUUGGGAGAGGAACCAUCCUUGUACUUUGUUCCUGGAGGGGAUCUAUCUGCCGGAGCUGAAUGUGCUGGAAGUUAAAGGGCUGGAGGUCGGGUUACGGAAUUUAGCUGUGUUUCUGGCCAGACAUCGACGUACAUUGAAGAAGUUGAGCCUGCGAGAUAUGAAGGGAAUACCUCAUACAGGGGAAGACGGUGACAUGAGUGGAGGUUCGGGGGAUACAGAAGACAUGGAGCUUUGGAGAGUGAAAGGUGAUAGUGGCAUAGUAAGGGUGGACGUGGAAACGUGGGAGGAGCUCUUUACCAUGAUGCGGGAGACGCUUGUAGAGCUGGAGGACGUUGAGGUUAGGGGAGGGUUUACUGAUCCACUGACUGGUAGGAAGUGUUGGUUUUAUUGUGAUCAUCUUGGAGUACCGGGGGAUGAGUGGUCGGUGUCUGCGCUUCCGUUGGAGAAGUAUUUGUUGGAUGGGGGUGAGAUGCCAGAGUUGGUGUUUUUGAGAGAGGUGUGA